AUGUUCUGGUUAGCCAUAAUUGGUGGCAGUUUAAUAUUGCUGCAUGCUUUACUCCUUGCCAUCCUAAAAUUCAAGAAGCAAAAGCAAAGGGGUUAUGGACUACUCACAUUCCCAAGAUUUAAAAUAUUCCUUGUAAAUGUUGCACUACCUAGUAUUUGUGAGGCCUCUAUUGCUCUAAUUAGAGGUAUUACAUUUGCAAAGUUACUUCAAUACAAUGAAGAUCUUCAAGUAGGUCAGAUAUUUAACAGUCCUAGAAAUAGAGGCCAGUGGACAUGGAAAAUUGAACAGAACUAUGAUUGCCUAACCAUUUUAGGGCCUCUAUUUGAAGAUAUAAGAGGCCCCAUGCUCUCCCAAAAAAUUUAUGGAGAAAGUAUUGAUACACAUGGUGAUGGGAUCAUUGCCGCUAAUGAGGAAACUGAAGAGCUUUGUCCAAAAGAUGAAGAGCUUUUUGGGGACAAUGUUGAGAGAACACCAGGGAUGAGGCUUAACUUAGCUCCACGAAGUUCAAUGCGAAAUACGUCCCGUUCAACUAUACCAAGUCAUAUUCCCUCAAAGAGAUCAAAUACUGCAACAACUCAGAUAGAUUCAUUGACAUUUAGCAAAAGUUUACAUGCACAUGGUGAUGAUGGGAUCAUUGCCUCUAAUGAUGAAACUAAAGAUCUAUGUCCAAAAGCCGAAGAGGUUUCUAGGGACAAUGUUGUGAGAACACUUGACUCAACUCCACGAAGUUUAGUAAGAAGUACAUCCAAUUCAACUAAACCAAGUCAUAUUCCCUCAAAGAGAUCAAAUACUGCAGCAACUCUAGUGGAUUCCUUGACAUCUAGCAUAAGUUUUCAUAUACAUGGUGAUAAUGGGAUCAUUGCCUCUGAUGAUGAAACUAAAGAUCUUUGUCAAAAAGUUGAAGAGGUUUUUGGGGACAAUGUUGUAAGAACAUCAGGGAUAAGGCUGGACUCAGCCCCACGAAGUUCAAUGCGAAGUACAUCCCGUUCAACUAGAUCAAGUCAUAUUCCCUCAAAGAGAUCAGAUACCACAACAACUCUAGUGGAUUCCUUGACGUCCAACAUAGGUUUUCACUCACAUGGUGAUGAUGGGAUCAUUGCCUCUGAUGACGAAACUAAUCUUUGCCCAAAAUUUGAAGAGGCUUUUCACGACAAUGUUGUGAGAACACCAAGGACGAGGCUCAACUCAACUCCACAAAGUUCAGUGCAAAAAACUUCUCAUUCAACUACACCAAGUCAUAUUCCCUCAAAGAGAUCAGAUACUGUAACAACUCUGAUAGAUUCAUUGACAUCCAGCACAAGUUUCCAUACACAUGGUGAUGAUGGGAUCAUUGCCUCUAAUAACGAAACUGAAGAUCUUUGUCCAAAAGCUGAAGAGGUUUCUGGGGACAAUGUGGUGAGAACAUCAGGGACAAGUCUCAACUCAGCUCCACAAAAUUUAAUGCAAAAUACGUCCAGUUCAACUAGACCAAGUCAUAUUCCCUCAAAGAGAUCAAAUACAGCAGCAACUCUAAUAGAGUCAUUGACGUCCAGCAUAAGUUUCCAUAUACAUGGUGAUGAUGGGAUCAUUGCCUCUGAUGAAAAAGCUAAAGAUCUUUGUCCAAAAGCUAAAGAGGUUUCUAGGGACAUUGUUGUGACAACAUUAGGGACGAGGCUCGACUCAGCUCCACGAAGUUCAAUGCGGAGUAUGUCCCAUUCAACUAGACUAAGUCAUAUUCCCUCUAAGAGAUCAGAUACCACAGCAACUUUAGUGGAUUCCUUGACGUCCAGCACAAGUUUCCACUCACAUGGUGAUGAUGGGAUCAUUGCCUUUGAUGGCAAAACUGAAGAUCUUUGUCCAAAAGCUGAAAAGGUUUCUGGGGACAAUGUUGUGAGAAUGCUUGACUCAACUCCACAAAGUUCAGUGCAAAGUACGUCCAGUUCAACUAGACCAAGUCAUAUUCCCUCAAAGAGAUCAGAUACUGCAGCAACUUUACUGUAUUCCUUAGCGUCCAGCAUAAGUUUUCAUACACAUGGUGAUGAUGGGAUCAUUGCCUCUAAUGAUGAAACUAAAGAUCUUUGUCCAAAAGCAAAAGAGGUUUCCGAGGACAAUGUUGUGAGAACAUUAGAGGCAAUGCUCGACUCAGCUCCCCGAAGUUUAGUGCGAAGCACGUCCCAUUCAACUAGACCAAGUCAUAUUUCAAAGAGAUCAAAUAUUGCAACAACUCUAGUGGAUUCCUUAACGUCCAGCACAAGUUUACAUACACAUGGUGAUGAUGGGAUCAUUUCCUUUGAUGACAAAACUGAAGAUCUUUGUCAAAAAGCUAAAGAGGUUUCUGGGGACAAUGUUGUAAGAACAUCAGGGACAAGGUUGGACUCAGCCCCACGAAGUUCAAUGCGAAGUACAUCUCGUUCAACUAGACCAAGUCAUAUUCCCUCAAAGAGAUCAGAUACCACAGCAACUCUAGUGGAUUCCUUGACGUCCAACAUAGGUUUUCACUAA